AUGAGAGCACCUACGAUUAGCCGCAUUGCAUUCUCAGCACGGUGUUUGAGAAGCUUGAAAAGGCCUCGCAGAUGGUACAGCUCUUGUGCCGAAAGCAAGCGUGCAUUUCAGCACAACAGAAUGCCUUUGAGAAAUCUGCUCAUAGGUUCUGCUGUGGGCACAGUAGUGGCUCUAACAGAAUGGUCAAUUAAGAACGACCAAUUUAGCUCGACCACACCAUUGAGUGAACUAGAGUCGCCUCAGUACUGUCGGGAUGGGAAGAAGUUCGAAGAAGCGGUUGCCAGGCUAAAGGAGGUCUUGAAAAACGACGCCGAAUGCUACUCUGUUUCCAAGUCAGACCUGGAAGCCCAUUCCGACACCUAUUUCAAUACGCAUAAGGCGACCCAGGAGCAGAGGCCUCAGAUUAUCCUGUUUCCGCGCAGUACACACGACGUGUCCGAGAUAAUGAAGAUUUGCCACGAAUACGCGAUUCCAGUGAUCCCUUUCUCGGGUGGCACAUCAUUGGAGGGCCACUUCUUGCCAACCAGGGUUGGAUGCACUGUGGUGGUGGACAUAUCAAAAUUCAUGAAUCAAAUUGUCCAGUUGAACAGCCUGGACUUGGAUGUGCAAGUGCAGGCCGGUGUUGCAUGGGAAGACCUUAACGAAUAUUUGGCGGAGCACGGACUGUUGUUCGGGUGCGACCCCGGUCCAGGCGCCCAGAUCGGUGGCUGCAUUGCAAACUCCUGUUCCGGCACCAACGCAUACAGAUACGGGACGAUGAAAGAGAACGUUGUUAACAUCACUGCGGUCCUGGCAGAUGGGACGAUUGUAAAGACGAAAAGAAGACCCCGGAAAUCGUCCGCGGGCUACAACUUGAACGGACUGCUGGUGGGGUCGGAGGGGACUUUGGCGAUUGUGACGGAAGCUACAGUGAAAUGCCACGUUAGGCCAGUUAAGGAAACUGUGGUGGUCGGAUCAUUCCCGGACGUGGGCGCGGCCGCCGCGUGUACGUCCAAGAUUAUCCAAGAAGGCAUUCAGUUAAAUGCGAUGGAACUACUGGAUGACAACAUGAUGGAGAUUAUCAACCGGGGCGGCGCCACGUCCAGGACGGAUUGGCUCGAGCAACCGACGCUUUUCUUCAAGAUCGGGGGACGCAACGACGCCAUCAUCCAGGAGGUGAUUGGCGAAGUCAGCCGCAUCGCCGAGGACCACGGGUGCCGGAAGUUCGAGUAUGCCAAGGACGAGGACGAAAAAUUGGAAUUGUGGGAGGCGCGCAAGGUGGCACUGUGGUCGGCGAUCAACGAGGGCAGAGCCAAGGACAGCAGUGUCAAUUUGUGGACCACAGACGUGGCCGUUCCCCUGUCACAGUUCUCGAAAGUCAUCGAGGCCACCAAGGAAGAAAUGUCUGGCAGCGGGCUCGCGAAUGCGAUCGUGGGCCACGCCGGCGAUGGGAAUUUCCACGCAUUCAUCCUGUACACCGACGCCGAGCGGCAGAGGGCCACGGAGCUGGUGGACAACAUGGUGAAGCGCGCGAUCGACGCGGACGGCACUUGCACGGGAGAGCACGGCGUGGGCAUCGGAAAGCGCGGGUUUCUGGUGGCCGAGCUGGGCGACGCGCCCGUCGACCUCAUGCGCACGCUGAAGCUGGCCAUGGACCCCAAGCGCAUCUUGAACCCGGACAAGGUGGUGAAGACCGAUCCACGUGACCACGAGGCCUGA